GGUCUAUGUUUCUUAUCGACCUACCAAUACUUGUACAACUCGACCUAGUAUCACUGAUUUACGUCGACGUAAUCUAGCAUGUUAUGCUUUAUCAGUUGGUUACUCAAUUAAUUUUAUUAUUCUAAGUACAGUAAAUUGUCGAAAUGAUUCAAUUGUUGAGUUUAUUUCAACAUCACCAUUUCGUGUACAAAAAGGAAAUAUAUUUCAACAAAGUAAUUAUACUUGGGCCGUAUCCUUUUCAUGGACUCCACUCAACAAUCAAACAGGUCUUCAACCAUUUUGUAUAGCAGCUGUAGAUAACAAUGGUCAAACAAGUAGUCAAAAUUGUGUAAUGAUUGCUGUAGGAGCUACCAAUCCGUCUAUAAUUGCUCCAACAUUUGUUCAAAGUACAGCAUCACCUGUCGGUACUGUUAUGCCUACACAAAGUCGUUUUAGUAUUCAAAUAAUGACAGAAGGUGUAGCUACUGCUGAUCAAUAUUGUGGUGUUGAAGCUGGUAGUUUUUAUGGUUAUGACAGCUGGAGAUUUACAAUAUGGAAUUCAGCAAUGUCAUCAACAACAACGCCUUCCACUACAACAAGCACAGCAACGACGCACACAGUGACUACUCGAUUUCUCGGUACUACAACAUAUAACACACUUUAUACAACAACUGGUAUUCCAGCUUAUACAACAUCAACAACAACAUCAACAACAUCAACAACAGCAACAACAGCUACAACAACAACAACAACAUCAGUUACUACAGCUACAACAACAACAACUACAACAACAGAUUAUAAUCCUGAUGCAAAUGUUAUUUAUCCAAAAGAUAUGGAACGUGCAUGUUUACAACCAGUAACAAUUGUAACAGUAAUUGUAACUAUUGCUGUUAUUCCACUUCAUUUUGUUGGAAUGACAACUCUCUUCGUUCAAAUGAAUUCACUUCAUCAACAAGAAAUUUUACGAGCUCGAAGUGCACGUCGUAAGCGUUUACGACAAGCACUCGAACUUGAAGAAGAACAAACAUUAGUCUAA